AUGGAUCAACUCUCCGUCGCCCAAUUAGCCAUCUACGCUACUCUCAGCGUCCCUACCUUCUAUAUUCUCUGGAAGCGUGGGGUUACAGGAUUGCUCGGCUGGGGGUAUCUGCUUGUAUUCUUCUCGCUCCGCAUUGUCGGUUGUGCCAUGGCGCUCUCCGGCAGCACUUCAGCGGCAAUUAUUUCCAACAUUGGCCUGUCGCCCAUUCUGCUUGCAACAGCGGGAAUUCUCCAUGAAGCCCAGGUGUACCUGCGCCCUGAACUGAACCGAAAAUUAGAGUGGUUGAAGGUGAUUUUGUAUCACAUUCAGGUCACUGGCGGUAUAGCUCUACUAGCUGUCGGUGCAUCACAACUGCAAAGCAGCCCGCAUCCCACCGCCGGUGAUCGCAACAUGGCCAAGGCCGGCAUGGGCAUCUUGACAUCAGCAUGGGCAGUCCUCGCCAUCUGGAUCAUCUUCUCGUGCCGGCCCUUUUCUAGGUUAACCCGGAUGGAAAUGGACAUUGGAAACAUGGUACGUGCAUCUCCAGCAACCUCGCAUGCGCCGCAAAUUGAUCAUCAGUCGCUAACGACAUCACUGUACGCACAGCUUUUGAUAUCGACCCUCGUUUCCAUCCCAAUACUGGGCAUCCGUGUCAUUUACAGCUUGGUUUCGCUGGUAUCUACAAAGGCUAGUGACCCUUCGAUGGCUGUUAGGGUCGUUUGCACCACCCUUCCGGAAAUGAUUCCAGCAAUCAUCUUCUGUGUUGUUGGACUUUACACGGCUGUCAGGCCCCAUACGCAUGAAGUCACGGAGCGCAACAUCCACACUGACUCAGGGAAAUCCCGAGUGUAG